UGGACAAUGUUGCAAAGAAAGUCGGCCACUCUUACCAACUCUCGCGAAUAUCGUUUGGGAUCGGGAAAGGCUCGGCUUUGUCCAUCGUCGGCCAAUCUAACGGAGGUCGGUUGGAGCUAUGUGAGAUACUGGCAGGGUUCAAGAUGCCGACUUGUGGGUCGAUCACUGCCAUGUCCAAAUGGUCGCUUACGACGGAUCCUCAUAUGUAUUCUCGCAACGUCGCGUUCAGCUGCUUCGAAUACUGUCCUAUGCCUCCGUGGAUGACGGUAUACGAUUCCUUGUGGAUGAUGGCCGUGCUGCGAGGCGUACCUCAGAAUUUCGUCCAUGAAGAGGUCUCCAAUCUCUUGGAUGCUCUAGAACUGGACGACACCGCAAACGUCAACGUAUUCCGCCUGCACCAGAACGAGAGGACUCGUCUAAACUUCGCCGUGGCCGUCAUCGGAGCCCCACCAAUCGUCAUCCUGGAUGAGUUCACGGCCUACCAGCAAUAUGCCGUCGACCGUGCCAUGUUCUACAUACUUUACACUCUGAGGAAGCAGGGGCACGCGCUGCUACUUACUUCGGCUAGUAUUGAGAAUCACAUGGCCGUGACCAACCGUCUCGGCAUCAUGCUCAACGGGCAACUGGUAGACGUGGACCACAUAGACAACCUAGUGGCGCGCUAUAGCUCGGAAGGGUACACUGUGGUGGUACAUUUGAAGGACGACGUCGAUAUAGAAGCUAUAUUUUCUCAGUAUUUUAAAAGAUUCGACAUCAACGAUGUUUCUGAUGUUUUAGUAAACCUGCAAGUCAAAGACUCGCUAACUUACGCCGAUAUAUUCAGUCAAAUGGAAAAGGUACUUCAAGAAAACCAGACUAUAUAUUCGUACGUCAUCACGGUAACCGCCAUGGACUAUAUCUACAACGAAAUCAUAGACAAAGGUACUAAGAUCCAGAUCGCUCAGGACGAGUACUUUUGGCCGUGUCUGAAGUUCUUAGCUAAGAAGAAGAGGAAGGUUGAUAUACAGAAGAUAAUGGAAUUGGAGAAGUUUAGUAAAAGUACGAUAUUGCUACUUUGAAGGAGUUGCCCUGGUCUGUGAUCUUCCGGAGAUAAUUUUAGAAUUUUUGUAGUGGUGGCCUUGGUCACAAAUUGGGCCUAAGUGAAAAGGCUUGAAUGCAUGCUCAUAUUGGACGUAGGUACAGCAAGGCGGGCUUGCGGCGUGCAUGUCAAACAAAUUGUAGCUCAUAAUAAGAGUCCUGAGUCGACGCUGCAUCCCUGCUGCCGAACACUCCGCUCUGAGCGUACGCUCAGGCCAGGCUUUAAGCUAGGAACAUACUACGCGGACGUCGACCGCGACCGAUCAGUGUGCACGGU